UUGCUGCAGCCUCCACUCCCAGGUCCCUAGUUCUUCAGCUGCCUCUCUUCCUGGUGUAAAAUCGCCUACAAAGACAGCAAAGCCGCCGCAGAAGUUGCCCGGCGUAAGACUACGGAGGUAUUGGCUCAGUAACUUUUCACGUCAUUUUCUGCUCUGGAUCCCCUUCUCGCCUCUCCACGCAGCUUUUCCCACCGCAAAUCACCAGUGCUCAUGGGGCAGGCGAAGAGGAGCUUGCAGCACUAAGCUGAACCGGACUCGAGCCCGUGAUGUCCGGCACCAAAUUGGAGGACUCCCUCCCUCGUCGCAACUGGUCAUCUGCUUCGGAACUGAAUGAAACUCAAGAGCCGUUUUUAAAUCCCACCGACUAUGACGACGAGGAAUUCCUGCGGUACCUGUGGAGGGAAUACCUACACCCGAAAGAAUAUGAGUGGGUCCUGAUCGCCGGGUACAUCAUCGUGUUUGUGGUGGCUCUCAUUGGGAACGUCCUGGUUUGUGUGGCUGUGUGGAAGAACCACCACAUGAGGACAGUGACCAACUACUUCAUCGUCAACCUCUCUCUGGCUGACGUGCUGGUGACCAUCACCUGCCUUCCGGCCACGCUGGUUGUCGAUAUCACAGAGACCUGGUUCUUCGGACAGUCCCUCUGUAAAGUGAUCCCUUACUUACAGACUGUGUCUGUGUCUGUGUCUGUCCUAACACUGAGCUGCAUUGCCUUGGAUCGAUGGUAUGCAAUCUGUCACCCUUUGAUGUUCAAGAGCACAGCCAAGCGGGCCCGGAAUAGCAUUGUCAUCAUCUGGAUUGUCUCCUGCAUCAUAAUGAUUCCUCAGGCCAUCGUCAUGGAGUGCAGUACCAUGCUCCCCGGCUUAGCUAAUAAAACCACUCUAUUUACAGUAUGUGAUGAGCACUGGGGAGGUGAAAUUUACCCCAAGAUGUAUCACAUCUGUUUCUUUCUUGUGACAUACAUGGCACCCCUGUGUCUUAUGGUGUUGGCUUAUCUGCAAAUAUUCCGGAAACUCUGGUGCCGACAGAUUCCUGGAACAUCAUCUGUAGUUCAGAGAAAAUGGAAGCCCCUGCAGCAGGUUUCACAGCCCCGAGGACCAGGGCAGCCUACCAAGUCCCGGAUUAGUGCUGUGGCGGCUGAAAUCAAGCAGAUCCGAGCCAGAAGGAAAACAGCUAGGAUGUUGAUGGUGGUGCUUUUGGUGUUUGCAAUUUGUUAUCUGCCGAUUAGCAUCCUCAAUGUACUAAAGAGAGUAUUUGGAAUGUUUGCCCACACUGAAGACAGAGAGACUGUAUAUGCUUGGUUUACAUUUUCCCACUGGCUUGUAUAUGCCAAUAGUGCUGCAAACCCCAUUAUUUACAAUUUUCUCAGUGGAAAAUUUCGGGAGGAAUUUAAAGCUGCAUUUUCUUGCUGUUGCCUUGGAGCUCACCAUCGCCAGGAGGAUCGUCUCACCCGGGGAAGGACAAGCACAGAGAGCAGGAAGUCUCUGACCACCCAGAUCAGCAACUUUGAUAAUGUUUCAAAACUCUCAGAGCAAGUUGUGCUCACCAGCAUAAGCACACUCCCAGCAGCCAACGGGGCAGGACCACUGCAAAACUGGUAGAAUAUUUAUUCAUAUGACGAGGAUACCUGAGUCAAACUAUUCUUUUUAAAAAUAUCUGUAAAAGAAAUUUUAUUACCCUAAUGAUCUGAAGCUAAAAUUAUUCAUUGAUUUUUUUUAAAAUAACUUAUUGCUCUUUGAAAAUAAAAAAAAAGUGAGUUUAAACUAAUCUCAACUUUUGACUUGAACAUGUUAGAAGUUUAACAUUACUGAACUUAUUUCAGGCUAUUUGACUUUUAGCUUCAUGUAUUUAAACGUGUGUCAAUUAAAUGUUUGAACAUUUCUAAUCCUUUUUAUAAUCCCUUGUUAUUUUAAUCUCACACAUUCAAAUUGGCUGUUAAAAAUCACCAAGUAUUAUUCAGUGAUUUUCUUUUGGUUACUAAAAGAGAUAGCAAUUACUAACUCUUGAUUAACAACUGCCAUAUAUUAACAACUUCACAUUUAAAAAAAAAAAACUCACAAAAUACUAUCAAUACAAUGUGACAUCUGAAAGAAUAUAUAUAAAAUAAAAUAUUACAUUAGAAAAUUUAUAAACUACCUUUCAAAACCACAUAAAAUAAGGACUAUUCAACUUUAUUUUCCACUAGUUUACCACUCAUUGAUGGCAAUUUUCUCAGGUUUAUAACCUUACUGUUGCAAAUAUUUCUUCCCCAACAUAUGACCAGUAAGACAGUAUAUUAAAAUUUUAAAAUUGUAGUAACUCCUAAUAUGUAAUAAUUUCUGUCUCUUAGGAAAAACUUUAACAUUUAAAAAUAAGAUAAAAUCAAGGUCACAGGGAAUAAGGAAGAGGUGAGUGCCUUCAAGAGAGCUGUAAUCUAGGCAGGGAGACAUGUUGAAGAGCACAAGAGGACACACAACUCAAGGGAUGCUACCUGAUGUGGCAGUGCUGUGCCACAACUAAGGAGGAUGGUCCUCACCAGAAAAUGGACCAUACAUUUAAUUACACUCUCUAUGCCAGUGAUUUCCACUGGGCUUGUGCUGAGAUUCAGGUGGUUAGGAGGAAAGAGAGCCUUGCUGUCAACUCACACAUGAACUAAAGGAGUAGAGCAUGUGUAGCAUAAACAAUAGAUCUGCAACUCAAAGCACUGAGUACUUUAGAUUUGUUCUUCUUCAAAAAUCUUCUGAUUCAAAUAUUCACCUUGAAAUUACAUUAAAAGUAGAAGAAGGGUUCAUGAAAACAAUGCUCUUCAUCUCAUAGUAUAUCAGCAAGUCUUCUGAUUGUAUUAAAACAAGAUAGGGACACAAUAUUUGAGAAAGAUUUGGACAGAAUAUUUUUAGAAGAUAAUUAAUAUUUUAUUAUCUCUUUCUUUUUUGCCCUACUCAUCAUUUUCAGAGAAAAGUAAUGCAUCCAGAUUUAUUUUAUAAACUUUUGAAUUUAGGAUUCUGUUACCUUGUGCCUUUUCCUACUCAAAGCAAAAACAACCCUUUUAUACAGGUUUAUGGAACUACAUUGCUAAAUAUCUCCACUAUUAUCAGUGCAAAUAGUGUAUUUUGUACAUGUGAUAAUUUUUUGUCUUAUGUGUGUUGCAUGAAAGGAGAGUUGUAAUUUUCAGAUUGGGAUAAAAGUUAGCACUUUAAAUAGUUUGAGAAAAAAUCUCAGAUAUUUUGGUAACAUGCCUUAAUAGACAAGUAAAGCUCAGAAUAAGAGUGAAUAUUUUAAAAACUAUUAAACCUAGUUCUUACCAUUUAAAGGAGAGAGAGAGAUUUAAGAGUGAAUGAGGGGGAGAGAGAGAGAGAGAGAGAGAGAGAGAGAAGAAAACUCAGAGAGGUGGCAUUUGUAUAACUGAUCUGAAAUCAGAAUUUCUUUGCUCUAAAUCAGUGAUUCUCAAAGUGUGGUUCCUGAAUCAGCAUCAGCAUCUCCGGGGAACUUACUAAACAUGCAAAACCAAAACCUACUGAACCAGAAACCUUGGGGUGGUACCCAGGAAUCUAUGUGUUAACAAGACCUACAGGUGAUUUUCAAGCACCUUAAGAUUUGAGAAACACUGCUAAAAAUGAUACCAUUUGGCAUCAAUUUAUUAGCCCAUGUGAAAUAAAGUCUCUUACUGCACAGGUAUCUACAACAGGGACCACCGUCAUCACUACUGUCAACCUGGUUGGAGGUCUGAAAGAAGAGGCUGAGUGUCAAUGCUGAACCUCACAAGUGUCAUCUCACUCAAAGAGAUAAUGGCUUAUAAAACAAGUGCCACUGUGUUAUAAGUGCAGUGUGAAAGAAGACCCGUGUCCAGGCACUCAUAUGCUUAUAGUAACCUGAAUGACUUGUGUUUUUAACUAAGACUUUCAAAUUCUCAGUUUUAUUUAUUAAAAUUUAAGUUUUGUGAAAGCAGAUUGUUUUUAAGAAUGAUCCUUGCCUGGAAGGAAAAUCAUAAAAUAAAGCCAGUACUUAAACUCUGGGAAAGGAAAUAAUGGACCAUGUAUGUAUCUCUCAACAUGUGGACCCUGGAACUUCCUAAGAGAGCUGGACUUGUAUGGGUACCUUAAUAGGACAAAUGGUAAAGACACAAGUUUGUAAGCCCUAUGAAUGUGAUGGAAUAAAGGGUCAACUACUUACCUCAUUAUGUGCUAAUGACACAAAUGAGAAGAUUUGUUAUGAAGAUUGUGUUGGGCCAUUUUAUGCUAUACAAUUGAAUAUGUAUCUCUGUUUUUUGUUACAUCUUAAAAACUUAAUGUAGUAAGAUGUCAUUGUCACUGAAAUUUUAUUUUCAAUAGGGAUAAUAAUUUUACCUAAUAUAUAUUAUGUUUGAGCUUUAUUAUUUCUGAAUUACUACAAAACCAGGAAAAUCCAGAUAUUUGAGUCAUUCAUUCUUGACAAUAGAUUAUAGCAAGUUUGUGAGAAAAAUUACUUUCAAAUUUCACAAAACAUGAAGAAUUUCUGGAUACUAAAUACCUGUCACAAAUUGUUGGUAAGUUCAUUGCUGUGUUCACCACAAUGAUAUCAAGUUUCACUCCCAGUGUACAUUGUUGUAAAGAUGAUCAAGAAAAUCCACAUAAAAUGUACUCUGAAUAUGCUUAAAUCUGAAACUUCAGAAUGGCAAAAACCCCAAAGUUGUUUGAUCCAAAUUACAAGGAGGGCUAUUAGUAUUUUGAUACUAGUGUAAUAAUACCAUGUUUUGCAUUUGGUGUAUAUCAUAAUAAUAGUAAAUUGCUUUUCAAAAAUAUCUGGCUAGUUGUUACAAUUUAGAAAGCUUUUUAUGAAAGUUAAUUUCACAACUGAUGACUUUUCUACUUCCUACAAGUCACAAGUCACAACUCAAAAAAAUAAUAAUAAUUCCAGUAGCUUAUGUUCAAAUGGUUCUCAAGUUGCAUGAAGCAAAAUAAUAGUGUUUUUUAGAGCCAUUAUAUAAACAGGAGAAAUAUUGCUAAUUUGUCAAUUUUAUUACUUUAUUUACCACAGAAAAUGAAGUACAAAGGCAUGAAAAAUACUUACUCAAAGUUCAAAGGGACUUGUCUUCUAGAUAACUACUGCUACUAAUAGGGGGCAAAAGAUGCCCCCUGAUUCGCCACGUAUUCUUAUUCUUUAAAUUUUCUUUAUAAAUUUUGAAGUUUUCCAUGAAAUGUGUUUCUCUAGUUAUGGUGUUCCAUGUGUGUAACAUCAUGUCAAUUGUUCAACAAUUAUACUUUUAAAAGUUAUUUAUGCCUGAGUGUACUAUCUUCAUAGGAAAUUUCUUAUCAAACCCAAGGUGAUUACACAUCCGCUGCUGUGAAGAGUACUCAUGAUGCAGUUUUUAAGUAAAAAAAAAAUCAUAUUGAGAAUUCUAUAAUCACAUCAUACUGCCCUCUCUAUUGUAAGAAAAAUUUUGUUGUUGUUGAUUAGAUAAAUUGAAUAUUCACUCAUAAUUAGUGUCAAAUCUUUGCAGUUAAGGAUCAGAUUAAGCCCUCUGGUGCAGUACUUAAUGACCAAAAUAUUUUUCCCAAUAAGUUUAUAUAACCAGGGAUAAUCAUGUUAUAAAAGAUCUUUAAUAUUGUUUCUAAGAGCCGUAUUACAAUAAAGGUUAAGAUUAAUACAGAAAUAUUUCUUAAAAGUUAUAUAAAGUUAUGUACAUAAAGCAUUAAA